AUGACCCCCAUUCAGAAGCCGACAUCAGCCCAGCCGGCGCUGGAAUCCCCGGCAUCUCCUCCCGCGUCUUCUACUCCGUCUUCUGACUCUUCUACUUCUGCUUCUGCUUCCACCCCAGCCACAGCAGCAAUGGCAAAGACAUUUCCUCCUGUGCAGCCUGGAGGCAGUUUAAUUCUGGCAUGGCAAAUCAAGCACAAGAAGGUGCUUGUUGUCGGCGGUGGUGAGGUCGCCGCUGGUCGGAUCCUCAACUGCCUCAAUGCCGAUGCCAACGUCACUGUCGUGUGCCCCAAGUCUGGCCUCAACCCUGAAGUCGCUUUCCGAGUUAGUGAAGGUCAAGUCGCGCAUAUCGACCGAGUAUUCGAACCCGAAGACCUGGAUGGCGCCAGCAUGGUCCUGGUCGCCAUCGACGACCCUGCCGCCUCGACCGUCAUCUGGAAGCUUUGCAAGGAGCGAAAGGUCCCUGCCAAUAUCGCCGACGUGCCCCCAGAAUGCGAUUUCUAUUUUGGUAGCAUCCAUCGCGAUGGUCCGCUCCAGAUUAUGGUCAGCACCAAUGGCAAGGGGCCAAGGUUGGCGGCUGCUAUUCGGCAGUUUAUUGCCAAGCAACUGCCGAAGAAUGCCGGUAACGCUAUCGAGACGAUUGGUGAGCUUCGGCUUAGAUUAAGGAAGAUGGCUCCCAAGCCUGAGGAUGGACCCAAGCGCAUGCUCUGGAUGUCAAAGGUCAGCGAUACCUACAAAUGGGAUGAAAUGUGUGGCCUUACAGACGAAGACAUGGACAACCUCCUCCUUUUCUAUCCUCCUAACAAGGUCCCAUCUAUGGAUGUUCUGCAAGCCCUCCGUGGAGGCAACGAUGUUAAGAAACUUGACGUCUUUGACGGUUCCUUCGGCUUCAGUGUUGGCGCAUAA